GCACUGAAAAGCACUGCACUAGUGUGAACUAGGGCCAUUGGUAUACAUAGAAAACACUAUUUAAAAUGCACUGGACCAGGGGUGGACUGACAAUUCAUGGGGCCCCCGGGCAAUAGGGGAUCAUGGGGCCCCUGUGUCCUUUCCCAAACUCAAAAAAGCCUAUGAAAAAGGUACCAAGGGCAUCUCAUGGGCCCCCCCUACUGACCCCGGGCCCUCGGGUAGUGCCCAAGUUUCCAAAUGGUCAGUCCGCCCCU